UUUGGAUUUUUUUUCUUUAAAAUUUUUAAUUUUUGCAAUUUUAUUUCUUUGUUUUAAUUGAACCAAAUUCAACAAAAAACAAAACAAAAAAUGUCUUCGAAUACCGAUUAUCAACAAUUUCAUGCAUUAUCAUUGGGUAAAUGUAUCGUAACAGAUCCAAUGGCUAAAACAGCUGUAAAAAUGGCAACACGUAAUAUUGUACGCCGAAUGCUUGAUAAUCAAAAUUAUCGUCGUCGUAAUCGUUAUCUUCGAUCAAAAUUUGGAAUUGAUUCAACAUCAUCAUCAUCGACGGAAGUUAUUAUCGAAAUAUAUUCGAAUCGAUUAUUAAUUCGUAAUCGUCCAUCACUAUUGAUUGAAGAUUCAUCGAAUGAUUCCGUAAUCGAAUGGCAACAAAAACAUAUAUCCAGUUGUUUUGUUUUACGUGAAGAUAAACGUAUCAUAUCGAUUGUUGCAUUUAAUCCUGAAAUGAUACAAAUGGAAGCCAAUGUAUUCAUUUUGGCCGAUAAACAAAUUGUUCGUCAUUUAAUGGAAAUUCUUUAUAAAAUGUUGAUUAAAAAUAAUUCAUUAAUCAAUAAUAAUAACGCUGAUGAUGAUGCGAAUACAAGUGGCGAUUCAUUGAUUGAUGACAAAAACGAUGAAGAUGACCAACCUCAAAAACAUCAUCAUCAUUAUCAUCAACAACAAACCUCGAAUGAUAAUAAUUUACAACAAUUGAUUCAUCUUUGAAAGAAUUUAUUCAAUGUUUUUUUAAAAUAGUUUUUAUUAUUAUUUUUCCCAUCAUGCAAUCCCCAGAAAAACUGAAUAAAAUCCAAA